CGCCGCUGCCACUGCCUUUGCCGUCCCGUGUCCGCCGCCUCUGUCCUCCGCUUCCUACCGGCGCCUCCUUUGUUCCCGCGGCGAAGGCCCAAGGCCAGGCCAGCAGAGUGUCGCGGGACGAGCGAGGGCCGGCCAGGCCGAGACGCUGAGACGUCGGCAAGACCGGGGCGGCGGGGUCAGCGCGGGAAUCGGGGAGCCGGGGCGGCCGGGCGGGGAGGCGAACUCUGCGGCCUCCGGAUCGGGGCGCCCUCCCGGCCCGUCUUUCCCGCCGGCCUCCCCAGGGGAGUCGAGGCCCCGGCGGGCGCCCCGGCGAUGAGCCCGGACUCGAGGUGGCCGAUGUGACAGCAUGGGGGUAGACUUUGAUGUGAAGACUUUCUGCCAUAACUUGCGGGCAACCAAGCCACCGUAUGAGUGCCCCGUGGAGACCUGUCGCAAGGUUUACAAGAGUUACAGUGGUAUUGAGUACCACCUGUACCACUAUGACCACGACAACCCGCCACCCCCACAGCAGACUCCACUCCGCAAGCACAAGAAGAAGGGGCGCCAGUCACGUCCCACCAACAAGCAGUCCCCCAACCCUUCAGAAGUCUCCCAGUCGCCAGGCCGGGAGGUGAUGAGCUACGCACAGGCCCAGCGCAUGGUGGAGGUGGACCUGCAUGGUCGUGUCCACCGCAUCAGCAUCUUUGACAACCUGGAUGUGGUGUCAGAGGAUGAGGAGGCCCCCGAGGAGACCCCUGAGAACGGCAGCAACAAGGAGAACACUGAGACGCCGGCAGCGACCCCCAAGUCGGGCAAGCAUAAGAACAAGGAGAAGCGCAAGGACUCCAACCAUCACCACCACCAUAAUGCUUCCACAAGUGCCACACCCAAGUUGCCAGAGGUGGUGUACCGGGAGCUGGAGCAGGACACCCCUGACGCCCCACCCCGGCCCACUUCCUAUUACCGGUACAUUGAGAAGUCCGCGGAAGAGCUGGACGAGGAAGUGGAGUAUGACAUGGAUGAGGAGGACUACAUCUGGCUGGACAUCAUGAAUGAGCGGCGGAAGACGGAGGGCGUGAGUCCUAUUCCGCAGGAGAUCUUUGAGUACCUGAUGGACCGGCUGGAGAAGGAGUCUUACUUUGAGAGUCACAACAAAGGCGACCCCAAUGCCCUGGUGGAUGAGGAUGCUGUGUGCUGUAUCUGUAACGAUGGCGAGUGCCAGAACAGCAACGUCAUCCUCUUCUGUGACAUGUGUAACCUGGCGGUACACCAGGAGUGCUAUGGUGUCCCCUACAUUCCUGAGGGCCAGUGGCUGUGCCGCCGUUGCCUGCAGUCACCUUCCCGUGCUGUGGACUGUGCCCUGUGCCCCAACAAGGGUGGUGCCUUCAAGCAGACAGAUGACGGGCGCUGGGCCCACGUGGUGUGUGCCCUGUGGAUCCCUGAGGUCUGCUUCGCCAACACGGUCUUCCUGGAGCCCAUUGACAGCAUCGAGCACAUCCCCCCAGCUCGCUGGAAGCUCACCUGCUACAUUUGCAAACAGCGUGGCUCAGGGGCCUGCAUCCAGUGUCACAAAGCCAACUGCUACACAGCCUUCCACGUCACAUGUGCCCAGCAGGCCGGCCUGUACAUGAAGAUGGAGCCUGUGCGAGAGACAGGUGCCAACGGCACCUCCUUCAGCGUCCGCAAGACUGCCUACUGUGACAUCCACACGCCCCCAGGUUCUGCACGCCGCCUGCCUGCCCUGUCCCACAGUGAGGGGGAGGAGGAGGAGGAGGAAGAGGAAGAGGAGGGUAAGGGCUGGAGCUCCGAGAAGGUGAAGAAGGCCAAGGCCAAGUCCCGCAUUAAGAUGAAGAAGGCGCGGAAGAUCUUGGCUGAGAAGCGGGCGGCAGCACCAGUGGUGUCAGUGCCCUGCAUCCCGCCACACAGGCUCAGUAAGAUCACCAACCGGCUGACCAUCCAGCGGAAGAGCCAGUUCAUGCAGAGACUGCACAGCUACUGGACACUGAAGAGGCAGUCACGGAACGGAGUCCCUUUGCUGCGUCGCCUGCAGACACACCUCCAGUCCCAGAGGAACUGUGACCAAGUAGGGAGAGAGUCUGAGGAUAAGAACUGGGCUCUCAAAGAACAGCUCAAGUCGUGGCAGCGGCUCCGGCAUGACCUCGAGCGCGCUCGGCUGCUGGUAGAGCUGAUACGAAAGCGGGAGAAGCUCAAAAGGGAGACGAUCAAGGUCCAGCAGAUUGCCAUGGAGAUGCAGCUGACCCCUUUCCUCAUCCUGCUUCGCAAAACCUUGGAACAACUCCAAGAGAAGGACACAGGCAACAUCUUCAGCGAGCCGGUCCCUCUGUCUGAGGUAACCGAAUUGGACGAAGUACCUGACUACCUGGACCACAUCAAAAAGCCUAUGGACUUUUUCACCAUGAAGCAGAAUUUGGAGGCUUAUCGCUACUUGAACUUCGAUGAUUUUGAGGAGGACUUCAAUCUCAUUGUCAGCAAUUGCCUCAAAUAUAAUGCCAAGGACACCAUCUUCUACAGGGCAGCAGUACGGCUCCGAGAGCAGGGUGGUGCUGUGCUCCGUCAGGCCCGGCGCCAAGCAGAAAAAAUGGGCAUUGACUUUGAGACAGGCAUGCAUAUCCCACACAGCCUUCCUGGAGACGAGGCUCCACACCAUGUUGAGGACGUGGAGGAAGAGCGCCUGCUGCUCCUGGAGAGCCAGAAGCACCUGCCAGUGGAGGAGCAGCUGAAGCUGUUGCUGGAACGGCUAGACGAGGUAAAUGCAAGCAAACAGAGCGUGGGCCGCUCGAGGCGUGUGAAAAUGAUCAAGAAAGAGAUGACAGCGUUGAGGCGGAAGCUCGCCCACCAGCGGGAAGCUGGACGAGAUGGACCCGAGCGGCACGGCGCCUCUGGCCGGGGCAGUCUAACACCCCACCCAGCAGCCUGUGACAAGGAUGGCCAGACAGACAGUGCUACGGAGGAGAGCAGCAGCCAGGAGACAAGCAAAGGCCUGGGUCCCAACCUGUCCUCAACUCCCGCACAUGAGGUGGGCAGGAGAACCUCAGUUCUUUUCUCCAAAAAGAACCCGAAGACAGCUGGACCGCCCAAGAGGCCGGGCCGGCCCCCCAAAAACCGGGAGAGCCAGAUGACCCCUAGCCACGGAGGCAGUCCUGUGGGACCCCCCCAGCUCCCCAUCAUGGGCUCCCUGCGACAGCGCAAGCGGGGUAGGAGCCCCCGGCCCAGUUCGAGCUCAGACAGCGACAGUGAUAAGUCCACAGAAGACCCCUCGAUGGACUUGCCAGCCAAUGGCUUCAGCAGCGGAAACCAGCCUGUGAAGAAGAGUUUCCUGGUGUACCGUAAUGACUGCAGCCUGCCCCGGAGCAGCUCUGACUCUGAGUCCAGCAGCAGCAGCAGCAGCAGCGCCGCCUCAGACCGCACCAGCACCACACCCUCCAAACAAGGCCGAGGCAAGCCCUCCUUCUCCAGGGGCACCUUCCCGGAGGACAGCAGUGAGGACACCUCAGGCACUGAGAACGAGGCCUACUCCAUGGGCACUGGCCGCGGUGUGGGCCACAGCAUGGUGAGGAAGAGUCUGGGCCGGGGAGCUGGCUGGCUGUCGGAGGAUGAGGACUCUCCCUUGGAUGCUCUGGACCUCGUGUGGGCCAAAUGCCGAGGGUACCCGUCAUACCCAGCUCUGAUCAUUGACCCAAAGAUGCCCCGAGAAGGUAUGUUUCACCAUGGCGUGCCCAUUCCUGUACCCCCACUGGAGGUGCUAAAACUCGGGGAGCAGAUGACCCAGGAAGCCCGAGAGCAUCUAUACCUCGUUCUCUUCUUUGACAACAAACGAACUUGGCAGUGGCUGCCCAGGACUAAGCUGGUCCCUUUGGGUGUGAACCAGGACCUUGACAAAGAAAAGAUGCUAGAAGGCCGGAAGUCCAACAUCCGCAAGUCAGUCCAGAUCGCCUACCACAGGGCACUGCAGCACCGCAGUAAAGUGCAGGGUGAGCAGAGCAGCGAGACCAGCGACAGUGACUGAUCCUGCCUGGCAGAGACUAGCCUUCAGAGCCCCGUGCCUCUCCUUCCCGUGCGCACUGUCCUGGAGUGGCUCCGGCCUCUGCACUGACUCAUUCCUGGUCUUGGGGCCAGUCUCAGGGGAAGCUGGGUAGGGGAGGUCCCUCCUGCCUUGAGUGCAGCUGGACUGUACAGAACACUCCAAGGAUCCACAGCAACUCAGUGCAAGGAGGGGAGCUCAAAAGCUUAAGAGAGCUCAAAAGCCUCAGGGUGUGUUGGGCAGGGUGUAGGCCAGCGUCAGCGUGCUGCUGAACAGGCCACCACUGUCGCUUGCUCGCCCCAGGAGACUCCACAACUGCCUAGAGGCUUGAAGCCCCUCCCGGUGGAGAAGGGAGCAGGCAUCUGACCAGCCUAGCAGUGGGACUGAUGUCUGUCCAGCGUGGAAAUGGGGCACUAGGUGACCCCCUCCCCUGCUACUGUAAAUAAUGUAAUUAUCAGAGAAUUUAAAUUAUUCUCAUUUGUAACUGCGUUUCCGGGUCGCGCCAGAGUCAUUUGGUACUAAAAAAAGACUGGGGCCUGUCCCCACUUCUCUUUCCUGUAGAUUUUCCCCUACCUUUCGAGCUGGUUUGUAUUUAUUUCAAAGGAAGAAAAUAUAUUGAUUCUUAGAAAAUAAAAGUCUACUUAGAAUUA